AACUUCACACUCGAAACUCGUGUCCUCUCGUCAUCACCGAAAACCAACAAAAUGUCUUCUUCUUUCUCUCCUCUGCUCCUCUCGCUGUCUCUCUUCCUUAUCCUGUGCACCCUCACCACCGCCCAGUACCCAGGGCUCAUGUUAACCGUGGUCAACAACUGCCCCUUCACCAUCUGGCCCGCCAUCCAGCCCAACUCCGGCCACCCCGUCCUCGAGCGCGGCGGCUUCGCCCUCGAAAAACUCACCCACCGGUCCUUUCCCGCUCCUACCCAACACUGGUCGGGCCGGAUCUGGGCCCGCACCCACUGCACCUACUCCGGCAACCGCUUCUCCUGCGCCACCGGCGACUGCGGCGGCCGCCUCGAGUGCUCCGGCGCCGGCGGCUCCCCCCCCGCUACCCUCGCCCAGUUCACCCUUCACCACGGCAACGCCGACUUCUCCUCCUACGGCGUUAGCCUCGUCGACGGCUACAACGUCCCCAUGACGGUCACCCCGCACGAGGGCAAGGGCAACUGCCCCGUCGUGGGCUGCCGGGCUGACCUCCUGCCCACCUGCCCCGCCGCCCUGCAGCUCCGGUCGCCGCCGGGCCACGGUACGGUGGUGGGCUGUAAGAGUGGGUGUGAGGCUUUUGGUACCGACGAGCUUUGUUGUAGGAACCAUUUUAAUAAUCCGCAGACGUGUAGGGGUUCGAGCUAUUCCGAGUUUUUCAAGCACGCGUGUCCUGCUACUUUCACGUAUGCGCAUGACAGCCCGUCUAUGAUGCAUGAGUGCUCUGCGCCGCGUGAGCUCAAGGUUAUUUUCUGUCAUUAGAUGAGGAAAUAAACAUGUGUAAGUCGCCUUGGUUUUAAAAAAAAAAAAACAAUAGCAGACGAAACGAGAAAGUGGAAAUAACGUUUCUUCUGUUGUUUGUUUAGGUGGUUUGGUUGUUUGUCUGUGUUUGGCGUCUUGUCGUUUGGGAUUUGGAACUUUGUGUAAGUGUAAUGUAAUGCAAUGAUCUACAUUUUCAUGUUGUUUAAUCAUAUAUGUCUAUGUUUUGCGUUUUA